CUGAAACAACGUUAGACUGUGGAAAUGAAGAACACAGUUUGCAUAUAUGGGCAGGCCAUGGCGGACACGUUAAAUGUAUACUGGUGCCCAAGCCUACUCCUUACCCUCGCCACACAGAUCCUGGGCAUACUUUGGCCCUUUUGGUAUCGGGUGACAUGGGAUCAGGAAGGUAUCAUUCGAACGCAGCACGCGGGACUAUUCUCAGCGUUCAAUGAUGCGGACUAUAUUGUCCUAUGUGGAGGGAUGGAUGUAUGCCAGGAUGUGGACCCUAACUCUAGUAUAUCGUAUAAUUAUGACAUCGCAAAGACACUUCUGAUGGCAGGAAGUGUGUUCCUCUCGCUAGGAUUUGUGGUGUCAGUCCCGGGGUGUUGGAAAACUGUUGGAGGAAAUUAUCUUAUGUUAGCGAGAAUUUGUGGAUAUGCAGCUUGCCUUACAUUGGUCGGAUGCCUUUGGAUAUACGUUACAUUUUAUUAUAACACGAUCUCCUACCAGAUGUCAUUCGUGACACUUCAAGUUGGCCAUUCCUUCUACUUGACAAUGUUCUCUGGCUGUGUGACGUCUGUUCUCGCGUGCGCGUUAUACACAAUAGCCACAAUUAAGGGCACGUCAGUGACGCAAGCUAAAAUACAUGAUGACGUCAUACAAAAGAACUGCAGUAUGACGGGAAAAGUUUCGCUUAAAUAAUUAAAAUCUGAAUCAAGCAAGUAGAUGUUGUGCCUUCUAUGUAAAUAAGCAUAAUGUGAGGUUCUCAUUUUCAUUUAUUUGGAUUUUUUCUUUGUUUCCUAUUUUUAAGGUGAGUAAAAAGUAAGAGGUUAAUUGUAAAUGGUCAGUUUAGUGGUAAUAUGGAAUUGGCCUCUAAUUGGCCUUGACGACUGUCGAGAUCAGAGAUAAGGUUUUAAGUAGUAAUUGAUAGAGUUAAAACCAGUGGAGGUUGUUUAGGGUCGUGGUGUAAUUAUUAGGUCUAAGUAUAUUAGAUGUGAAUAGUUGUCAGUCCCUUCUGGGGGUGAUAUAUAGUACCCUGGUGGUCAUUCUCAGAGGCUGGUGUGUAUAGACAGUCUUGGGGACAGGUUUAUAAAUAGGUAUGCGAUCAUCCAGGGAGCUGCUUCUCAGCUCUGGUAUAAAUAGGUAUGUGGUCAUUGGGUGGGCUGCAUUAAAAUAGAUUCUCGGGCUGCGGUAUAAAUAGGUAUGAGGUUAUGAUCUGUUUAUAGUUGGUUCCUAGAUGAUUUAUAUAUAGAACUUGACCAUGAAGUCAUUCUAUGAUUAGACUGUGUCAGUGGUUAAGUUUAGCAUCUAUAGUGUAGGUAGUUGGGUUUAGUAAGUGAUGUCACUGGUCAAGAAUCGUUUGCUGGCCAUAUAUAAAGGCCUGUUAACUUAGAGUAGGGGCUGCUUGUUGAGAUCGAGUUGUUCGAAGAGUUUUCAGAGUGAGUCUUUGGAUUAUGGAGUUAGUUUUAAAGAGUUUUUAGGGUUAGUGUUUGGAGUUGGUCUUAUUAGCAGAGAGACUUUGGAUUUUAUUAUCUUAGUUUUAGAUAGAGAGUAUAGAAAUGUGUAGAGUAGUUUAGUUUAGUUAAGUCAUAAGGAAUAGCAAGAAACUUGUAUUGUGCAGUUAUUUUCUUUAAGUUGGUUACUUCUAAAAAGAAUUGGAGUGAAUUUUAUUGGAUACUGCUGGAAUUGAUCUUACUUUAGUCAUUUCUUAUUUACUUUGUGAAUUAUUUGUGAAUUUAUACGUUCUACUCCUGGAGUAUAUAUUGGAUUGGAAUUAGUUAUAUCUUGAUUGGCAAGUACUUUGAAUGGAAGUCAUAUCUUAAUAAAACUGAAGGAAUUUUA